AUGUAUAAAUUUGUAGCUGUCAUUCUAGUGUCAUUGGUGGCCUUAUCAGCCGCCACGAAUGUGAAAAAAUGCAAAAAUGGUCAACCUUUCCCCUUAAGUGUUGAGGUAGAAGGAUGUUCGCAACCACCAUGUGAUGUUGUCAAAGGCACAACAGCUGUUAUGGAUGUACACUUUGUUGGAACCAAAAAUAAUCUAAGCUCCUUGAAUGCCAAAGUACGUGCCACCGCUUUGGGUAUUACCGUUCCCUAUGAAUUACCCGAGGAUGUAGCCGAUGUUUGCUCGAAUCUAUUGGAUGGUGCCACUUGUCCCAUUAGCAAGGACGAAGAUGUUGUUUAUAAAUUCAAUUUCUAUGUUGAUUCUUACUAUCCAGAAAUUCCUGUGGCUGUUGAAGUUUCGCUAAACGAUGAAAAUGAUGAAUCUGUGGCUUGUUUUAUUUGUGAUAUUAAAGUUAAAAAGGGUGCCUCCAAUUAA